GAUCGCGAGACGCGAAGGCAACGACGCAGGGAGCGGCUCGCUGCGGCGUUUGGGCUCCACGGGACUGGGAAUCGGGAUCGGGACAGUGCAUCGCAGGAGUUGUUGAGCGGGGAUGCGCUGGCGAAGCUGCUGGGGUCGACGGCGGGGGAUGAGGAUUGUUUGAGUCAUCUCGGUGGGAGUGAGGCUGGAGUCGAUGACGGGGUUGGUGAGCCGGCGCAGGGCCAGAGGCAGCGGAAGCGACCGGUUAUCAGUGAGCAGCCGGUCGGGUUGGCGCCGUUUCCGGGGGAGGUGCCGAGGGGACAAAUGCAGGGGAGGGUUGUGUCGGGGGCACAGUUGGAGCAGGGGGGGAUGGAGGUCAGGUUGCGGGGGGUUGGUGGUGGUGGUGCUGGAGGAGGGGGAGGUGGAGGCGAGGCGAUGCUGGGCAAGGAGGACAAUUGGGAUGGGAGCAGUAAAUCCGGCUCGACGGGGACGGGGCGUAGCAGUGUGGCCAAUUUGCCGUUCUGGAAGAAGUGGAGAGGCACGUUUAUCUUCUUUGCGGUGUUGCUGGUGAUGGCAGCUAUUGCGAUCCCCGUGGGGAUCAUCAUGGCGCGGAGGGCGAACAGUGCAGGCAAGGCGGACUCGGACAGUGACAAGCCCUCGAAUUCCAACCUGGAUGGGAUCAGUCGCGAUAGUAUACCAGCCUACGCACGAGGAACGUAUCUCGAUCCGUUCACCUGGUAUGACACCACGGGCUUCAACGUCACAUUCACGAACGUGACGGUCGGGGGCUUGUCGAUCAUGGGCCUGAACUCGACCUGGGAUGACUCCGCGCAGGCGAACGAGAACGUGCCGCCCCUGAACGAAACCUUCCCCUACGGCUCGCAGCCCAUCCGCGGCGUCAACGUGGGCGGGUGGCUCUCCAUCGAACCCUUUAUCGUCCCCUCCCUCUUCGAGUCCUACUCUUCCAGCGAGGGGAUCAUCGACGAGUGGACGCUCACCGAGCGGCUGGGAAGCGACGCCAACACGACCAUCGAGAAACACUACGCCACCUUCAUCACGGAGCAAGACUUCAUCGACAUCCGCGACGCGGGGCUCGACCACGUCCGCAUCCCGUUCCCCUACUGGGCAAUCCGCACCUACGAGGGCGACCCGUACGUCCCCAAGAUCGCCUGGCGAUACCUGCUGCGGGCGAUCGAAUACUGCCGCAAGUACGGGCUGCGCGUGAACCUCGACCCGCACGGGAUCCCCGGCAGCCAGAACGGAUGGAACCACAGCGGCCACCAGGGGAAGAUCGGGUGGCUGAAUGGGACGGACGGGGCGCUGAACCGCCAGCGCUCGCUCGAGAUGCACGACCAGCUGUCGCAGUUCUUCGCGCAGGACCGGUACAAGAACGUCGUCACGAUCUACGGGCUGGCCAACGAGCCGCUGAUGCUGUCGCUGCCGGUGGCGGAGGUCUUGAACUGGACGACGCAGGCGACGGAGCUGGUGCAGAAGAACGGCAUCAAGGCCUGGGUGACGGUGCACGACGGGUUCUUGAACCUGAGCAAGUGGGAUAAGAUGCUCAAGACGCGGCCGGAUAACAUGAUGCUGGACACGCACCAGUACACGGUGUUCAACACCGGGGAGAUUGUGUUGAAUCACACCCGGAAGAUCGAGUUGAUGUGCGAGAGCUGGUAUCCCAUGAUCGAGGCGAUCAAUAUCACGAGUACGGGAUGGGGCCCGACCAUCUGUGGCGAAUGGUCGCAGGCAGAUACCGACUGCGCCCAAUAUGUGAAUAACGUCGGCAACGGCAAUCGGUGGGAGGGGACUCUCGCCUCCACCGGCACCACCAUGUACUGUCCCACCGCAUCCGAGGGCACCUGCUCGUGCACUCUCGCCAACACCUCGCCCGUCGGGUACUCGGACGGAUACAAGAAAUUCCUGCAGACCUACGCCGAGGCGCAGAUGUCCGCCUUCGAGACGGCGAUGGGCUGGUUCUACUGGACGUGGGCGACCGAGUCGGCGGCGCAGUGGAGUUACCGCACCGCCUGGCAGAAUGGGUAUAUGCCUAAGAAGGCGUAUAGUCCGUCCUUCAAGUGUGGAGAUGAUAUCCCCAGCUUUGGGGAUUUGCCGGAAUAUUACUGA